AACUCCUUUAAGACAGAAGCCUCUUCGGAUAUCGUACUCUGUAAUAAAACGAAGGAUCAAAUCAAAAGUUUGUUCUUCUGACCUUAUCGUACGCCUGGCCAGUGGCCACUUUUUUAACGUACGCACCUCUCUUCUCACAGACUUCGAGAGUUAAAAAAAAAAGGGUGGUUUAAGUGCGCCUGUCUGAACAGGAAGGAAAACCCUCUCCACUUGCAGAUUUGAGUUUAUAGAGGAGGCGCUUUCAACUGUUGAUUCUCUGUAUUCAAGGUUCUUACUGGUGGGUUUGGAGGGUUUUUGUUAGGGAUAUGGAAGAAAACAAAUGAAACCCAUGUCUGUUGUGUCUGGUUCAUGCAACAUGUCGGUCUGGAUGUGGGUGCAAUAUAAGCUAUAAAGAUAAGGUUUUUGGAUUCUCCCUCCCUCUGAUCGAUUUUCCCGAGAAACAAACAAUGGCGAGCCCUUGGUGGGUCGGAAAUGUCGCCAUGAGAGGCGUCGAUCACCUCCCAGUUACAUCAUCAGCUCCAUCGCUGCACCUCAUGAACACGACGAACCCGACAGACGAAGAUCGGGUCAGGCUGACCCGAUCGGAUCCUAGAUUGGACCAAGACUUCACCAACACUAACGACAGCGGAAGCCCUAAUGCCCAAAGCCAAGAAGAACAGAACAGCCGAGAAGAACCGUGUCAAGAUAACCAACCCGGGUCCCGAUCGGGCUCAACGGGUCGACGACGGAGGGGCAGACCACCCGGUUCGAAGAAUAAACCGAGACCACCCGUUGUGGUCACCAAGGAGAGCCCAAACUCACUGCAAAGCCACGUCCUUGAGGUAGCCAGCGGCUCUGAUGUGGUUGAUAGCCUCAACGCCUUCUCCAGGCGGCGAUGCCGUGGUGUUUCAGUGCUUAGCGGAACUGGCGUGGUGACCAAUGUGACGCUGCGACAGCCAGGAGUGCCUGGUGAGGUGGUGAGCUUGCAUGGACGGUUCGAGAUUCUGUCAAUGUCCGGUGCGUUUUUGCCCACCUCGGGCUCUCCGGCUGCAGCCGCUGGCUUGACCAUAUACCUUGCGGGAGGGCAAGGACAGGUGGUGGGAGGCUGUGUGGCAGGGCCUCUAGUGGCCUCGGGGCCGGUUAUAGUCAUUGCUGCAACGUUCAGCAAUGCCACAUACGAGAGGUUACCGAUAGAGGAUAAUAACCAACCGGAGCAGCAACAGCAGGAGCAAGGAGAUGAAGCGAAGGAGGAGAAUGAUGAUAAUGUUGAUGAUGAUAAUGCUAAAGACGAGACCGGGAAUAAUAGCAAUGAAGGGUCAAUCCCGAUGUACAACAUGCCUCCUAAUUUCAUGACAAACGGGCAAAUGCCUCACCAUGAUGUGUUUUGGGGUACUCCUCCUCGUCCUCCUCCGUCGUAUUGAAGUAGAUAGAUAUCUCGUAUGAGGCUGUGGAUGGAUCUACCGAGUUUCUUUAGCUGACUGGUUCCGUCUUUUGAAUACUAGGGCACUAGGGCUUGCUUCUUCUUUUUUGUUCUCAAAUGUUUGCGGGAACCCGAAAACUCUCUUAGGGUUUGUUGUUUGUGGCUAUAGUGGUUUCGACGUGCUUAGUUUCGAUUACGAAUAGCUUCUUGCUGAAGGAAACGCUUGUAGAAUCGUGUUGGAUAUUUUGCCAAAGAUCUAGAGAGUUUUGCUAUCA